GUAUAUAGUAUGUCUCAUUACAGGGCAGCCGCUGGCUGAUCCGCUGCUCAGAAGUUUCGAGACCGCACCCCAUGCAAACACAUACUGCACAAAAAGUUACACAAGAGCUUCAAAGAUCGCGUUCUUAGCGCGCAAGAGCAGGUCAAGCCGGUUCUGAUGGAUGUUUAUAGCACCUACCGACGCUGCACGCUCCGAUCCAAGCGCCUGGCUGGAAGCUACUGGGCGCUCACUGGAUCGUUGGGCAUUUAUGUCAUUUAUACCGCGGUUACUGCCAAAAGCCAUUUGUUGCAAGAGGUGCUUGCCUCUGAUGGAGUGCUAUUCGCACGAUUCGCAGAAGAUGAAGAUGUACAACCAAAGUGCGCCAACAUGAAUUCCACCGGUCUUUGUGUGGAGUUGCCCUGGCUCGAUGCUGUUGAGAUCUCAGCCACUCGGGGCUUUUUGGCCACCUACAUCCAGGAGACCCUUUUAUUUGGGCGCCCUGCUUUGCAGCAGUUGGGCACAGGUCAGAUAGCGCAUCAGGGUCAACAAAAGGUGCGCAGUCAAGCCUUUUAUGUCGGCCAACCGGAGUUGUGGAUUCUGGUCUUGGAGCACAGAUUGAGUUCCAUCACAGGAACGUGGUCCGGUCAAGACCUGAUUGGUUUCUUGCGGCAGGAGCAACUUGAUACUGGCUACAGCCAUCCAAUAGAGCAUGUCGCGCAUGGUUUGCCCAAGGAGGUCAAGACGUGGUUUGGCGGUGCAAAAGAUCGACGCUUGCAGGUCAGACUCUUUGAGCUCUUGCAAGCAGCUGGUGUGACGCUCGAUCAGGAGUGCAGCCGCUGUGCAGAGUUCAACCUCACAGGGGAAGCUGCCAGAUUGCGACGCAUUGGUCUUGAGUUGGAUGUGACGCUCUUCUACUCAAACCUUUGGUUCCUCUGGUCUGACAUCUCAACCUGGUUCUUGCCAAACAAGGAGGUGACGUUCGAGCUGCAAGUGAAAGCACGCGAGCCAGUGGAAGGAGUGCGCACCAUCCGCACAAUUGGGCCUGCGCAAUCCUUCUUCCAAGAUGAGGAAUAUCACAAUCAGACUGCUCGGGUUACUCGUCGCAGUUUUGGCAUCCGCCUGCUGUUCCAUCAGCGAGGUGUUAUAGGUAAGUGGGAUUCCAUGAGUUUAGCUUUCUUUCUGCUACAAAGUUGCACCUUCCUUGGCGUUGCUUGGACGCUCACUGAGUUGCUUUGUACCUUCAUUCCUGUACUUUGCGACCUAUGGGGCUGGCCUCCACCGGCAUGGUUCGAGAGCUUGCAGAGGGCGCAGCGUGACAAGAUCGACUGAGCUGAAAGCCAAAGGAGCAUUUGAGCCGCAGUCUCUCAGAUCUACCAAAUCGCUAGCCGCUAGCAAAAA